CCAAAACAAAACGCAGUGCGAAACAUGUUCCCCUCGUGGUGUGUUGGCCGUGUUGGCGGCCGCCGUUCGGCUGUUCUAAUAUUACGGUGCUUGCAGCAGCAGCAACAACAACAACAACAGCAUCAGCAGCUUCGUCAAUUUCGGUUUUCUGCUUCGGCGACGACAGCAAACGCAAGUGUGGUACAUUUUUCAAGUUCACGUUUUAUCAACCAAAGGACACAGUGCACCUUAUCAAAGUGUCCAGAACGCAUCCACGUUGCGCCUAGUGAUUGCUGUGUCCGUUCGUACGUCUCGUUAGCGGUUACCAAUACGGGAAGUUCCUGCAUCAAAAUGACCGGAAGCAAAAAAUACCAUAUUAUCGAGCGAGGAGCUCCCAACUCUACGGAUUAUCGUGUUUUUUUCAAAACUGAAGACGGCCACGCGGUGUCCCCGCUGCACGACAUUCCGUUGUACGCAAACCCCGCCAAAACGGUGCUGAACAUGGUUGUCGAAGUGCCCCGGUGGACCAACGCCAAAAUGGAGAUUAGCCUCGGAGAGGGACUCAACCCGAUCAAGCAGGAUGUCAAGAAGGGCAAACUGCGCUUCGUAGCCAACUGCUUCCCUCAUCAUGGGUAUAUCUGGAACUAUGGAGCCUUCCCGCAAACAUGGGAAAAUCCUGACCACCUGGAUCCGAACACCGGAUGCAAGGGGGAUAAUGACCCGAUCGAUGUGCUGGAAAUUGGUUCACGAGUAGCCCGGCGGGGUGACGUGGUACAGGUCAAAAUCCUCGGCACCGUCGCUUUGAUCGAUGAGGGUGAAACCGAUUGGAAAAUCAUUACCAUCAACGUUAACGACCCGUUAGCCAGCCAACUGAACGACAUCAACGAUGUGGAUAAGGUAUUUCCAGGACUACUGAAAGCUACCGUUGAAUGGUUUAGAAUAUACAAAGUUCCGGAUGGUAAACCGGAGAACCAAUUCGCGUUCAAUGGAGAGGCCAAAGACGCCGCAUUUGCUACCAAAGUGGUUGAAGAGACCCACAAGUUUUGGAAGGCAUUAAUCAAUAAGGAAAUCGACGGCACAAGCAUUUCCUGCUUGAAUACCACGGUUGAAGGAUCACCCUACUUGGUUGCUGCUGAUAACGCAUUGGAAGUACUGGCCAAGAACUCUAACGGUGGAGAAACCGAGCCCUUCAGCGACACAAUCCACAAAUGGCAUUUUCGAGAUGAAAACGCAUACUCCAAGCUGUAGUUAGACACGUUCGUAAUCUGAGUAGUCAAAGCAAAAAACCUCUAGAUGUACGAGGACUGCUCUAUCACAUUUCCGCAGAACCCCCAACUUUCCGGUUGUUUUUAUUUAUCAUUUAGAUUCCUAUGAAUACCUAACGUUAGAACUUUGCUUAGCAGUAGUCUAUUUGAUUAUACAAAAAAAAAUGUUAUCUAAUA